GUACUCAACGGUAUACUCUUAUCAUCAGGUAUACAUAUUUAUGAUCAUGCACCAUUCUCUUCUUAUAGCAAACAACAGCAAGUUUCUGUCUGACUUUGGGAUACGACAUGGUAGCCGUCUGCAAGUGGAUGACUUUCUGCAGGAUUACACACUCCUGGUUAACGUGAUUCACUGUGAGGACUUGGAGAAGGAUGUGGAGUUCGAGGUGGUGGGUGACGCCCCUGACAAAGCCCCAACCCCACCCAGCGUACAAGAGGACAAGAAUGUUGCCAACGGCAACAAAGACUGCAGAACCGUCCACCUCUUCCAAAGCCCCUGCUGAGCAGGACGAUGUUCUGAUAGUUGAUUCGGACGAGGAGGAGCCGUCCUCCAGCACUAUGGAUGUCUGCAUGGAGUCAGGAGGCCACAAGAGGAAGCUCCAUGAUGCUGAUACAGGCAAGGCUUCAGCCAAGCGCCAACGCCUGGAUCAGCUAUACAGCUGGAUCAGCUUUGUGGGCUAUACUCAGCCUUGUCUCAGGAUGGUAAGUUGGUGGUUGAAGAUAUCCCUCUAGUGGUGUAGGGGCUGUGCUUUGGCAAAGUGGGUGGGUUUAUAUCCUUCCUGUUUGGCCCUGUCCAGGGGUGUCCUCGGAUGGGGCCACAGUGUCUCCUGACCCCUCCUGUCUCAGCCUCCAGUAUUUAUGCUGCAGUGGUUUAUGUGUCGGGGGGCUAGGGUCAGUUUGUUAUAUCUGGAGUACUUCUCCUGUCCUAUUCGGUGUCCUGUGUGAAUUUAAGUGUGCUUUCUCUAAUUCUCUCUUUCUUUCUCUCGGAGGACCUGAGCCCUAGGACCAUGCCUCAGGACUGCCUGACAUGAUGACUCCUUGCUGUCCCCAGUCCACCUGGCCGUGCUGCUGCUCCAGUUUCAACUGUUCUGCCUUAUUAUUAUUGGACCAUGCCGGUCAUUUAUGAACAUUUGAACAUCUUGGCCAUGUUGUUAUAAUCUCCACCCGGCACAGCCAGAAGAGGACUGGCCACCCCACAUAGCCUGGUUCCUCUCUAGGUUUCUUCCUAGGUUUUGGCCUUUCUAGGGAGUUUUUCCUAGCCACCGUGCUUCUACACCUGCAUUGCUUGCUGUUUGGGGUUUUAGGCUGGGUUUCUGUACAGCACUUUGAGAUAUCAGCUGAUGUACGAAGGGCUAUAUAAAUACAUUUGAUUUGAUCAGCCUUUGGCUGCCGAUGAGGAAGAUGAUGGCAUCAUUGCACUAGACUAGUAUGUCUCUCCUGGCCCCUCCCCUCUUCAGAAGGAUGAAACGCUGUUCCUCUUACCAAACAUGUGUAAAUAUAACUGUACAAAACUGUUAAGUGUACCAGUUUUUUAAAAUUUUGGUCCAUCAUAGGUGGAUAAAAUACUUUUAGCUUUUUGUAUUUUUUAUAAUAUAUUUGUCAUGUCACAAGUCAGGGUGUGGUUUUUGUAGGGAGACUGAAAGAAACAUUUAAUAGCAAAUGUUUUUUCAGUGUAUUUCAUCCAGUAAACUUACACCUCCAUUGAAGGAAUGUAAAAAAAAGUGAUCAAACCCAAUCAUUUCUUUGAGUCAAGCAUUGACUGAAUUUUCUUUGUAAUUGUUAACCAUUGACCACUUGCAGGGUGAGUUGCUUUGUCACAGCUGGUUAAAAAAGAAAUUGUUCUGGAGUUUGUUACUUUAUUUAUAAAUCUUUCAUGUGGUUUAUAGUUGGAGCCAUCAUAUCCAGGCCUCAACCUCCCUUUGGACCAAAUAGAUAACGACACAAUAAACACUUACACAUCUAA